GCGUGUGGGACGGAGGAAAUCCAUGUGCCCGGCUCGCCCCUGCCGCCGUCCCACUCCCCACCCUCUCCCUCCUCCUCUCGCCGCGCGCUCCGGCUCGCCCCCGCGAACACCGGACGCAGAGGGCAGCUAGAUACCCAGCGCGCGCAUCGGACGGUCGCAUGGGAGCCGCGGCGGCUACGACGACGGAGCGGAGCCGCGCGUCCAAGAAGCAGGGGAUCACGGCGCGUUCGGGCGUGGAGGGUGCGGCGGCGCGGAGGCGGCCGCGGCUGGUGGGGUACGAGGAGCUGCCCGAGUACCUCAAGGACAACGAGUACAUCCGCGGCCACUACCGCGCCGAGUGGCCCGUCCGCGACGCGCUCCUCAGCGCCUUCGCCUGGCACAACGAGACCCUCAACGUCUGGACGCAUCUGGGAGGGUUCCUGCUGUUCUUGGCGCUCGCCGUCGCCGGAGGAGCGGGGGAGGCCGCCGACGAGGCCUCGCCGGGGAUCAUGAGGUUCGUGGUGAGAUCGGCCAACGUUUCAUGGGGCAGCGAUCGGUCGGGCCUGCCGAGCUAUGACGCCGGGGCGGCGGCGUUGUCCGGCGUGCCGCGGUGGCCGCGGACGGUGUUCCUGGUGGGCGCCAUGUCGUGCCUGGCCAUCAGCGCGACGGCGCACCUGCUGGCGUGCCACUCGCGCCGGGCCAGCGUCGUCUUCUGGCAGCUCGACUACGCCGGCAUCUCCGUGAUGAUCGUCGCCUCCUUCGUGCCGCCCGUGUACUACGCCUUCCUCUGCCACCCGCCGGCUCGCGUCGCCUACCUCUCCGCCAUCACCGCGCUCGGCGCGCUCGUCAUCGCCGCGCUGCUCUCCCCGUCCUGCUCCUCCCCUCGCUUCCGCCGCCUCCGCGCCGCGCUGUUCCUCGCCAUGGGCCUGUCGGGCGUCGUGCCGGCGAUGCACGCGCUGUGGCUCAACUGGGGGCACGCCGCAUGCUACCUGGCGCUCGCGCUCGAGGUCGCCAUGGGGCUCGCCUACGCCACUGGCGCCUGGUUCUACGUCAGCCGCGUGCCGGAGAAGUGGCGCCCCGGCGUGUUCGACGUCGUGGGACACAGCCACCAGAUCUUCCACGUGCUCGUGCUCGUCGGCGCCAUCACGCACUACGUGGCCGUCACCGUGCUGAUCCACUGGCGGGAGAAGGUGGCCGUCGCCUGUGGCGCCUCAAAGUAGGUUUUGCUCUUGCAGCAACCGAAAGGUGGUUGAUCCUUAGGCAACCAGAGCACUGUUCCAUUGGGUUGAUUCAACAACCAUUCAAAUGGAUUAAUGGAGUGGUAGCACCAUAGUGAGCUCUAGAGUUUGAGUGUGAUCUUGUGAACUGAUGAGUUUUAAUUUAAUUGAUGGGAUGAUUAUGGAGGUUGA